AAAAACACUUGCAAAGAGAAAAUGAAAUUAUCUGCAAUUUUCUUGGUUUCUUGUGUCUUAUUCUCUCUUCUCCCAAGUCCAACUGUUGCCGAGAAGAGGCCGUGGUGUCCAACCAGAAAACAAGUAUUUGAUGGUUCAUGCAAUAGAACUGAUUACACACAAUGCUUCAACGACUUGAGAAAUACAUGGGACAAUAUUGGAGAUCUUGGUCCAACUGAUUGCACUUGCACUCCUCAGCCCCGGAAUAAACGUCUCUGUUAUUGUCGUUUUUUGCCAUGUCCCUAGUUAAAUCUUCUAAUAUGUUUAGAGAUUGUUGUCAUAUUUCCUAUAUAUUAAUAAUAAUGAUAAUAAUAAUGAUGGUUUAAAUUUUUGACAAGAACAAUC